CGCGCCGCCGCGGCCGGGCCGCUGCCCCCGCCCGCGCCGGAGCCGGAGCCGGAGCCGAGGCCGAGCCCUACCCUGGUCGCCGGCCCGGCCGAGGCCCGCGCCGCCGCGCCUCCCCGCCUCCGCGCGGUGACGCUGCUGCCAGGCGCGGGGACCGCGCCGAGCCCAGGCCCCCGCCGCCGGGCUCUCCGCUCGGCCGAGGGGCGCCCGAGCCGCCGCGGCGCUCGCCUGGAAAAGUUUCCCCGUCCGGGCUCCCUGGGAGCCGGCAGCCUUCAUCCUCCCCUCACAGCCCUGCCCGUCUCGGCCCCAUGCCCCCGCCAGUCAGCCCCCGGCCACAGGCAGUGAGCAGGUACGCGGAACCCGAGGCCCUGUGACCAGGCCAAGGAGACAGGGGCUCCGGGGUCCCGGCCACCUGUCCCCCCCAUGGAGCUGAGGCCCUGGUUGCUAUGGGUGGUAGCAGCAGCAGGAGCCUUGGUCCUGCUGGCGGCCGAUGCCCGUGGCCAGAAAGUCUUCACCAACACCUGGGCUGUGCACAUUCCUGGAGGUCCAGCUGUGGCUGACAGAGUGGCACGCAAGCAUGGCUUCGUCAACUUGGGCCAGAUCUUCGGCGACUAUUACCACUUCUGGCAUCGAGCAGUGACAAAGCGGUCCCUGUCGCCUCACCGCCUGCGGCACAGCCGGCUGCAGCGGGAGCCUCAAAUACAGUGGCUAGAGCAGCAGGUGGCAAAGCGACGGACCAAACGGGACGUGUACCUGGAGCCCACGGACCCUAAGUUUCCCCAGCAGUGGUACCUGUCUGGCGUCACCCAGCGGGACCUGAACGUGAAGGAGGCCUGGGCCCAGGGCUACACGGGGCGUGGCAUUGUGGUCUCCAUUCUGGAUGAUGGCAUCGAGAAGAACCACCCGGACUUGGCAGGCAAUUAUGAUCCUGGGGCCAGCUUCGAUGUCAACGACCAGGACCCGGACCCCCAGCCUCGGUACACACAGAUGAAUGACAACAGGCAUGGCACACGGUGUGCGGGUGAGGUGGCUGCUGUGGCCAACAACGGUGUCUGUGGCGUAGGUGUGGCCUACAAUGCCCGCAUUGGAGGGGUGCGCAUGCUGGACGGCGAAGUGACGGAUGCAGUGGAGGCCCGCUCGCUGGGCUUGAACCCCAACCACAUCCACAUCUACAGCGCCAGCUGGGGCCCUGAGGACGAUGGCAAGACCGUGGACGGGCCAGCCCGCCUUGCUGAGGAGGCCUUCUUCCGGGGGGUCAGCCAGGGCCGUGGAGGGCUAGGCUCCAUCUUUGUCUGGGCCUCGGGGAAUGGGGGCCGGGAGCAUGACAGCUGCAACUGCGAUGGCUACACCAACAGCAUCUACACGCUGUCCAUCAGCAGCGCCACGCAAUUUGGCAACGUACCCUGGUACAGUGAGGCCUGCUCGUCUACACUGGCCACGACCUACAGCAGCGGCAACCAGAACGAGAAGCAGAUAGUGACCACCGAUCUGCGGCAGAAGUGUACGGAGUCUCACACAGGCACCUCUGCCUCUGCCCCCUUGGCAGCGGGCAUCAUCGCUCUCACCCUGGAGGCCAAUAAGAACCUCACAUGGCGGGACAUGCAGCAUCUGGUGGUACAGACCUCAAAGCCAGCCCACCUCAACGCUAAUGACUGGACCACCAAUGGCGUGGGCCGUAAAGUGAGCCAUUCGUACGGCUACGGGUUAUUGGACGCAGGUGCCAUGGUGGCCCUGGCCCAGAACUGGACCACAGUGGACCCCCAGCGCAAGUGCAUCAUUGACAUCCUCACUGAGCCCAAGGACAUCGGGAAGCGGCUGGAGGUGCGGAAGACAGUGACUGCCUGCCUGGGGGAGCCCAGCCACAUCACGCGGCUGGAGCAUGCUCAGGCGCGGCUCACCCUGUCCUACAAUCGCCGCGGUGACCUUGCCAUCCACCUGGUCAGCCCCAUGGGCACCCGAUCCACCCUGCUGGCCGCCAGGCCGCACGACUACUCGGCAGACGGGUUUAACGACUGGGCCUUCAUGACGACCCACUCCUGGGAUGAGGACCCUUCUGGCGAGUGGGUCCUGGAGGUUGAAAACACCAGCGAAGCCAACAACUAUGGGACGCUGACCAAGUUCACCCUCGUGCUGUACGGCACGGCCCCCGAGGGGCUGCCCACACCUCCCGAGAGCAUCGGCUGCAAGACCCUCACAUCCGGCCAGGCCUGUGUGGUGUGCGAGGAGGGCUUCUCCCUGCACCAGAAGACCUGUGUCCAGCACUGCCCUCCCGGCUUCGCUCCCCAAGUCCUUGACACACACUAUAACACUGAGAACGACGUGGAGAUCAUCCGGGCCAGCGUCUGUGUCCCCUGCCACGCCUCGUGUGCCACGUGCCAGGGGCCAGCCCCCACGGACUGCCUCACCUGCCCCAGCCACGCAUCCCUGGACCCCGUGGAGCAGACGUGCUCCCGGCAAAGCCAGAGCAGCCGCGAGUCCCCACCGCAGCAGCUGCCCCGGCCGCCGCUGCCGCCACCGCCCCCGCAGGAGGAGGAGGCAGAACCUCGGGUGCGGGCGGGGCAGCUGCCCUCGCACCUGCCCGAGGUGGUGGCCGGCCUCAUCUGCGCCCUCAUCGUGCUGGUCUUCGUCACUGUCUUCCUGGUCCUGCAGCUGCGCUCGGGCUUCAGCUUCCGAGGGGUGAAGGUGUACACCAUGGACCGUGGCCUCAUCUCCUACAAGGGGCUGCCCCCCGAAGCCUGGCAGGAGGAGUGUCCAUCCGACUCCGAAGAGGACGAGGGCCGGGGCGAGAGGACCGCCUUUAUCAAAGACCAGAGCGCCCUUUGACAGCGCCUGCCGCUCCCCGAGCCCGCCCCUCCUCGGGCACUUGUUACUUCACCAAAGUGUUUUUUUAUCUCGAGACUGGGCUUGGAUCCCAGCUGGGAGGCGAGAGGGGCAGAGAGGGCUUCCCAGCCUCCCCCUGGACCCCCUGGCUGCCUGAGGUGGGACUCCAGGACCAGCCGGGGUGUGGGGGGCAGGGGGAGGGGGCCUCUCCCCACCCCCAGAGCCCCUCCAAGUGGAGAACAGAGUGAAACCUUUAGGGCAGCUUUCCAGGGUCCGGGCCCCAGCCAGAGCUCCCUGCCAAGCGAAGGGGGUGGGGGGCGGCCCUUCCCCGUCCCUCUAAAGCAAUAAUGGUUCCCAUCCAGGCAGCAGGGAGGCUGGCCUAGCGGGUAUUUGAAGGAGGAGGCCACCUCUCCAAGGGCUUUUGCAUCCGCUACCCCGCCCCCCACCUCUGGUGAGCCUCGGGUGGAAGCAGUGAGCAAAGGAAGGGACCAAGGCCAGGCUGGCACCUCCGGGGCGCGCACGUGGGUCCACGCGCGUUUGUCCCUUUGCCCCUGUCUACUGCGCUGGCUGCCUGCCAAGCAAGGUUGGCCCAGCCCCACGCUGGUGCCCCUACCACCCUCCCCUCUCCAGCACCCUUCCCUCCCGCCAGGGCCCAAGUCCCUGUUUUCUGAGCCCGGGGCCACCUGGGCUGUUGGCACUCGCAGUCCCAGAGCCCCUGGGUGGGUGGUGGGGAGGGACGGUGGCCCAGCCGGCCUGUCCCACCUCCCACCCGAUGCUGCUUUCCCCUGUGGGGAUCUCAGGGGCUGUUUGAGGUUAUAUUUUCACUUUGUGAUUAUUUCACUUUAGAUGCUGACUUUUUUUUGUUUUUUGGUUUUUUUUUGGUAUUUUUAACGGGGGUAGCAGCUGGACCAUCCACUCUCCCACACCCACUGUCCACCCUGCUGUUCCCCCCCGCCGGCUGCGCAGGCCCUGAGGUGUGGGGGGCUACGGCCUGUUGCUGAGGAAUAGCUGAGCCCCAAAUCCUGAAGAGGAGGCCAGGCCAGGCGGGCCCUAGGAAAGGAGGAUUGGGGUGGGCGGGCAGGCUGUCCAUCUCAGAUGGGGCUGGUCGUGCCAAGGGCUCACGGGUCACUGGUUCUCCAAGUGCCAGGGGUGGGCAGGUGGUGGCACCAAGCCCCUUCCAACACUGUGCCCUGGUGGAGGAAGCGCUGACCUGUCCGGCCCCCCAGGUCCCCCUCUUCUGACGUGCCUUUUGCACCCCUCCCAUUAGGACAAUCAGUCCGCUCCCAUUUGGGAGCCCCUUUUUCUCCCCCCCCCCCCCCCGCACCCAGCCACCUGCCCAGGGGUGCCCCCUCCUCUUCCACCCCCACCCUUGUGGCCAGCCCAGCUGGUUUUGUAAGAUACUGGGUUGGUGCACAGUGAUUUUUUUUUUUUCUUGUAAUUUAAACAGGCCCAGCAUUGUUGGUUCUAUUUAACGGACUCGAAAUAAUGUUAGGUUUUAAAGUGAUUAAACUUGCAGACUAUGCAAACCA